AUGAUGAAUGGGAUAUUACUUAAGUCAGUUCAAGUAGGAAAGGGACAAAUGAUGUAUUUAAAAAAAGAUGGUUUUUUUGUUUUAUUGCAGAGGAUAAAUUUUGGGAGCAAAAAACAAAAGGAGAAAAUAGAUAAAGAGACAAAAAAAAUUCGAAAUUUAUUGAAAAUUUCAAAUAUCAAAAAUGAGGAAAUAGAAGAACAGAAAAAUUUAUACGAAAAAUUAAAAAUAAGUGGAAGUGAAAAACAAAAAAAAAAUAUUAUUGACUACAAAACAUAUGAUAUAAAAAUAGAACAAAUUAGUAAAAGUUUCGAGAAUAAAUUAAAAAAAAUAUUUGACAGUACCUUAACUGUAGAAUUUUUUAAUAAUAUAACUGUUACUAAAGAUAAAAAAGAUUUGAAAUUAUCCGAUGUAGCACAAGUAGUUAUUAAAUCAUCUAAAUUAAUACAGUUCUUUCCUUAUCUUACUAGUGAUAUACAAAAAAUAAUACAUAGUUUAAAACUAAAAGUUAGUUCGUGGAAUCCUAUAACGUCUAAUGAUGGUCAGUAUAUCUUAUUGCAAAUUUCAGCAUUAACAGAUGAUAUAAAAUUAAAAAAAAAGAAAGAAGCCAAAGAUUUAUUAGAAAAAAUUAAAAAUGAUAUAAGAAGUGUACGCCAUAAAAUUCGUGAUAACAUAGAAAAAUAUUUAGAGGGAAACGAAUGGAAAAUUGUAGAGAGGAAAAAAUUAGACAAUUACAUAAAGGAAAAAAUUAAAGCUAUCGAAUGGAUAUAUGAAAAAUACACUACAAAUUAUUCCUAA